GGCGCCACCACUACUGUCCCCAACCCGCCCUGCCAGCCUGGCCAAAGGACGGCAUGACUCACGGCGCUGCCAGCAACCCACGGCUUGCCCGCGGCAUAUAAAGGCUGCCCUGGCGGGAAGCGAUCCAGCAUUGCCUGGCGCGCAGAGCAUGGCUGGAGGCGCGGAGCAAGGUCGCCGAGGCGCGGAAUGGGGUCUGCGCGGCGCCCUGGCCGCCGUGGCGCUGCUCUCUGCGCUCAAUGCUGCGGGCACGGUGUUUGCGCUGUGCCAGUGGCGCGAGUUGAGCGCGGCGCUGCGGGCUCUAGAGGUGCAGCGAGGCCGGGAGCUGCGUGAGGACAGCGCCCUGCGCGCUUUCCUAACGGAGUUGAGUCACGCGCCACGCCAGGCUCCCGCGCCUCCCCCAGACCCUGCGAUUGCUGCGCGCAACAAGCGCAGUCACGGAGGGGAGCCCGCCCAGCACAUCCGCACAGAGAGCCAUGACAUGCUGAUGAUGAUGACCUACUCCAUGGUGCCGAUCCGAGUGAUGGUGGACCUGUGCAACAGCACCAGGGGGAUCUGCUUGACAGGACCACCUGGCCCAGCAGGACCUCCAGGAAUUGGUGGGUUACCAGGACACAACGGAUCGGAUGGACAGCCUGGUCCCCAGGGCCCAAAAGGCGAAAAAGGAGCAAAUGGAAAAAGAGGAAAAAUGGGGCCACCUGGAGCCACAGGAACUCCUGGGGAAAAGGGAGAUCCUGGUGAGCUGGGCUUGACUGGAAACGAGGGCCCAGUAGGGCAGAAGGGGGACAAGGGGGACAAGGGAGACGUGUCCAAUGAUGUGCUCCCUGCAGGUGCCAAAGGCGACCAAGGCCCACCUGGCCCACCAGGCCCCGCUGGGCCCCCAGGCCCUCCGGGUCCCCCAGGGCCCCCUGGAAGCAGAAGAUCCAAAGGCCCUCGGCAGCCAAACAUGUUCAACGGCCAGUGCCCAGGUGAGACAUGUGCUAUACCCAAUGAUGAUACCUUGAUUGGAAAAGCCGAUGAGAAAGUCAGCGAACACCAUUCCCCACAAGCAGAAUCCCUGAUCACAUCCAUUGGAAAUCCAACACAAGUGUUAAAAGUUAAAGAGACAUUUGGGACUUGGAUAAGAGAGUCUGCUAAUAAGAGUGACGAACGGAUCUGGGUGACUGAACACUUUUCAGGCAUCAGGGUAAAGGAAUUCGAAGACCAGCCCUCCCUACUGAAUGGCAGCUACACGCUCAUCCACCUCCCAUAUUACUUCCAUGGCUGUGGGCACACUGUCUACAACAACUCUCUCUACUACCACAAAGGAGGCUCCAACACCAUAGUGAGAUUUGAAUUUGGCAAAGAAACAUCCCAAACUCUGAAGCUUGAAAAUGCCUUGUAUUUCGAUCGAAAAUACCUCUUUGCAAAUUCCAAGACAUACUUCAAUUUAGCUGUAGAUGAAAAGGGCCUUUGGAUUAUCUACGCUUCUAGUAUGGAUGGCUCGAGCAUCCUUGUGGCACAGCUGGAUGAGAGGACUUUCUCUGUGGUACAGCACAUCAACACCACAUACCCCAAAUCCAAGGCUGGCAACGCCUUCAUUGCCCAAGGGAUCCUCUACGUCACGGACACCAAAGAUAUGAGGGUAACCUUUGCCUUUGAUUUGUUAGCAGGGAAACAGAUCAAUGCAAACUUCGAUUUAAGAACUUCCCAGUCUGUUCUUGCCAUGUUAUCGUACAAUAUGAGAGACCAGCAUCUAUAUUCAUGGGAAGAUGGCCAUUUAAUGCUUUAUCCUGUACAGUUUUUGUCAGCUGUGUUGAACCAGUGAUGGGACGUCUUCUGUUCCCCUCAGUAAAUUUCAGAUGUUCUCCGGUACCAUGAGUAUCCCAACAGAAAACUUAUCUUUAAAGGCAGUCAGGUACUUAGCUGUCAUAAACUCCUGAUCUAGGUGUUUAUAUGGUUGGUGACUCUCCCGCCCUUUAAUUUAGAUUCCGUAGAGGAAAACAACAGAUUGAAACUCACAAUGGCUGAGACUUGUUGAUUCCUCCACAAACCAGCUGGGCAAGUUCCCUCUCCCUCUUUAGGUCUUAUUUUCCCCACUGGUACUGUGAAAGGCUGACUAAGAUGAUUGGUGAGAUGUCCUCUGCCUGUAGGGAAUUCUGUGAUUCUUAGCUUUUGCUGCUCUCACAACUUUUAUAUAUUUGGGAUUUUUUUUUUUUUUUUCUUUGAGGGGGUUGGUUUUUUUGGCUUUUAGCCACAUGCUGAGCAAAUUUACCUCUGAGUUGAUCAGCCUGAAUGCCUGAGCAAUGAAUUCCUUAGUGCUGACAUAUUGGGUGCCUUGGAAGUUGCGCUGACCCUUUAAGGCUGUUGAAGUACGUUAUUACCCCAUAAGUUCUUAUCAUUCUCUCCCUCUGCACCUGCCACCACAGCACCAGAAUGGCCAUUAUCCUCAGCUCCUGAUUACCUCUCCAAGAUUAGCAAAAGCCAGGAGCAUAUUUCCUAAUGACCCUGAAACAGUCCCUUCCAGAUUCCUGUCAAUUUCUAAUCAUGCUGAUUUCCUACCGUGGGUCAUAACACUGACUCCUCAGGUCUUGUAGGCUUCUCCUGUCACAGCUUUGGAUCUGCUAUCAUAGUAUUGCAUACUGUGUGAGGGGGCCUUAAUUUGGUGAGGACCUCAGGAAGCACUUUGCAGUGUCAAAGAAGAGAGGCACCAUUUUUUGGUUAUUGUCUAUAACAGGGAUGAACAAACUAUGGCCCUUGGGCCAAAGCCAGCCCAUGGCCUGUUUUUAUAAAUAAAGUUUUAUUCAACAUAGUCAUAGGCAUUUGGUUAUAUAUUAUAGUCUGUGAUUACCUUUGCUGUAUACUGGCAGAGUUGAGCCACUGCAAGAAAGUUGAGUAGUGGCCCCAAAAGUCUAAAACAUUUACUCUUUGGCCCCUUACAGUGAGAGUUUGCCAACCCCUGAUCUAGAAUAUAAAGUGAGUCUGAGGAGUCCCUGGUGGCUCAGUGGGUUAAGGACCUGGCAUUAUCACUAUACUGUAGCUCAGGUCACUGCUUUGGCAAGCAUUCUAUCCCUGGCCCAGGAACUUCCGCAUGCCACAGGCACGGCCAAAAAAGUAAAGUAAGCCUGAUUCUUGGAAGGGCUUAUUCACCAGAACCUGUUAUGUUUUGUUUUGUUCCAGUCUAAGAAGUGGUCAUUUAAAUGGAUUGAGUUUUUGUUAGAGGCAAAGGAUAAGAACAGCAUAAGGUUAAGUGACCCUCCCAAAAAGCAAUUAAUAAACUGUUGUAGCCCUAAUAUCGUUUUAAAGAAUGUAAUCUGGCCCUUUGGAUGCCAGGAGAAAAUUUGCUCCAUUUUAUUUUUUUUAUUUUUUAAUGCAACUUUUUUUUAUUUUAAAUGUUUUUUUUUUCCAUUAUAGCUGAUUUACAGUGUUCUAUCAAUUUUCUACUAAUCUGCUCCAUUUUAAAUGCCAUUCGAUAUGCAUAUUUUCUGACAACUCAGUUCUGCAAACCUUCAGCCUAGCACUGAGGUCAGGCAGGGCCAAUGAAAAUAGAGAGCAAUCUGGAAAGUUUCUGGGAUCCUGCAACCAGGAAAGGGACCUAGGGAAAAUCUUAUGUAAAGAUUUUUCAGCAGUUGGCCCUCACCGAGUACGUGUAUGUUGGUGAGGACUUCUGAAACCUUUUCACUGGGGCCAAAUUGAUUCUCAGUGGCCUUGAGUCCCGGUUUUAUACCUGAUUAGUAGAAGCAUUUUAAAACUUAGGGGAUAUACAGAUUUAAAUGUUUAAUUCUCCCAACCCCCUGAAUAAACCUAGGCAGCUAUUAGGGAAUCUGCUGUUGUUGUGUUCUCAAAAUAAUGGGUGUUUGAAACUUUCCCCCCACUUAUUAAUUAGACUGUGUUGUAUCAUCACAGCUUUUUAAAAAUACUCUUCAGAUUCAUGUCUUAUAACAAAGUAAAAUAGAGUCUCAUGUUCAAAUCAGUGUGUCUAAUGAAAGUCUUUUAAAGUAUUUAAAAAUAUGUGUUGCUGAAUUCAGGGGACCAGAAUAUGAAAAUAAUUUCAUAGUGAUAGUUGUAAUAGUAGUAUAUACAAUACUAAUUGUGUAUAUGGUAGCAACCAAAAUUCUUGAAGAACCAGAAGUCAUCUUCCUCCUGCACAGACUGCAUUUUGGCUAUGACUGUCUGAUGACAAAGUAUCUGAAGGAGAAGUUUAUGAUAGGGCUUUUCAGUUUUCAACCAGCUGCUGUGACCUGGUAUAUCACAUCAUUAAAAGCCAUAUUUCCAACCUGUAACCACAGAUUCUAAAUGAUUCUGAAUAAUGAAUUGUGGUGAAUGUCUCUUUUUGGUUGUAAUUUAUUUAACUUGAGUCAAUAAAAAUAAUCAUUGCUGAAUACAAUCACAA